AAGCUUCCAGUGUUGUGCAUAUUAUUCACUUGAAUCAGUUUACACUAGUGGUCUUCAAGAAGAAAAGCCUAAAUAUUUCUUUCUUUGAGCAGCAUUGCCUUCCUGUUGAUUGCCCAUCCAUCCAAAACAACAAAGCUUUCAUUGAUUCCAUUGAGCCUCUAGUUCAAGAGAAACUAGCGGGGUUCGAGAAAACAAUUGCUUAUUUGCCCAAUUUUAUUGAUGUUUCAUCUAAGAGACGUGUAGUCUAUAUUGACAGUGGGGCAGGGCAGCAUUUGAACUCCAAUGUUUCAAGCUGGUUCUUGCCAUUUUACCCUGUGGAUCAAAGCUUUCAGUGUUUACUUUGUUGACCACAACACGUCAGUGAUGCUAUCACAUGUUAAAAGUCCUGGCAUCACCUUUGUUUAUCAUCCCGGCCUUGCUGGGAAUAGGCCUCAGGUAGAUCCCGAUAUUGCUGAUGAUUGGGAACCGGAAGAGGAGAUGAAGUAUUUGACUUCCUUCUCUGGUUUAAAGAAACAGUGCGUAAUGCAGACUUUGUGGUUCUGAAGAUGGAGUUGAAAUUCCUCAAGGACUUGUUUGAUGGUGGUGCCAUAUGCUUUGUUGACGAGGUGUUUCUUCACUGCUUAGAUGGUGCUGACAGCAAUGGAGCACUGAAAGAAGACUGCAAGGGGCUCUUCAAGGUCCUUGGAAGGACUGGUGUUUUCGUCCAUCCGUGGUGGGGACAUUAGACCCCAUCAACAUGUGGUUUGGAUAAUAUGUGUACUCAUUCUGCUCGCAGGGUGUCGUUGUUGCUGCUUAUUGUUUAUGAUGUUGAUGUUGUUGUUACUCUUCCCAUGGUAUGUACGGAAGAUAUCCAAGACUCUGCUUAAGCUGCCUUGUUAUGGUUGGGCACUAAUAAUACUAAAUAAGCAAC